AGUUCUGGUCACUGGGUCAGUUCGAAGCUGACGUGCCAAUCCAGCUGUCCUGGAUUCUUUUCAGGUUUCAAAUCCAGAUUAACAGACAUGAUGCUGAUUGGGUUUUUUCUGCUGUCCUUUGGAAUUCUCCUGGAUAAAGGCAUGUGCACUGCAGUGCAAUCAGAGCUGAGAAUCACAACAAUAAAGCAAGAACCAUAUACAAUGUCCAAAGGCACACAACUGGAAGGCUUUUGCAUGGACCUGCUCUCUGAAAUAGCCAAGAAAAUGGGCUUCAAGUACAAAGUGCAGCUGGUGAAAGACAGCGCGUAUGGUAGACAGGAUGAGAGCGGGAACUGGAAUGGAAUGAUUGGAGAGGUGGUGAGAGGGGAGGCAGACCUCGCUAUUGCUCCGCUGACUCUCACAGCAGCUCGGGAGAAAGCUGUGGGAAUGACCAAACCAUUCAUGCAGACAGGAAUCAGUAUCCUGCUGAGGAAAGACAUUUCAGAGGGAGCAGGCUUCUUUGAUUUCCUAUCCCCCUUCUCAGCACAGACCUGGGUUGGCAUACUCAUUGCCUACCUGGGGACGGCUGCAUGUAUCUUCAUAGUUACUAGACUCAGCCCUUCUGAGUGGAGCCAGCCUCAGAGUGAGCAAAACCGAUUCAGUCUCCUCCACAGCCUUUGGUACACAGCUGGAGCUCUGACUCUGCAAGGUGCUGGUCCUCAUCCCAAAGCUCUUUCUGGACGUGUCAUCUGCAGCAGUUGGUGGUUAUUUACCAUUGUCCUCUUGGCUUGUUAUUUCUCCAACUUCAGCUCCACUAAGGCCCCAGAGUCCUCUCACCUAAUGGUGAAAGGAUUUGAGGACUUGGCCAAUCAGGAUGUGAUUGAAUAUGGCUGCCUGGCUGGCUCUUCUACACUUGCUUUCUUUAAGAGUUCAAACAACCCGGUGUACCGCAGAAUCUAUGAGCACAUGGAGAGGACAAAGAGUUUCGUGUCAACUAUGGAUGAAGGUGUUCAACGUGCAAAAGAGGGCAGCUUCGCCUUCAUUGGAGAGUCUGUUUCUCUGGACUUGGCCGUCGCACGUCACUGUGAACUGGUCAGGGCGCAUGAGGUCAUUGGCAUGAGGGGAUAUAGCAUUGCUGCUGCCCUUGGUUCUCCAGUCAUAAAGAACCUCAGUGUGGCAAUCCUACAACUAAGUGAAGCAGGGGAACUGGCUUACCUGCGAAGCAAGUGGUGGGCAAGCAGCUGCAUAGCAGACAAGGGCAAAGUGUCAGCUGUGCAGCCACAUAACCUCAAGGGGAUGUUUCUGGUUCUUUCCCUCGGCCUUGGGUUGGGAACACUUGUUGCUGUGCUGGAGUUAACCUUCAAGAGUCGCAGAAGUGCAGCAGAGCACAAGAAGUCAUGCUGCUCUGUACUGACUGAGGAACUGAGUCUGCGUUUGAGGACCAGCAAUGGGAACAGAUCUCAGGAAAAUGCAGAUAAAGACAAGGAAAAAGCAUAG